AUCUAGUUAGCUUUUUGAGCCUGAUUAUAACCGGGAGGAGGGCUUAACUUACUAGAGAUCAGGUAGUGAUGUUAAAGUAUUUGAAAUGCAGUUACAGGGUUCUUUCCCUCCUAAACAAACCACAUCUUGAGCUCACUCAUCUCCACCAAAUUCAAUCCCAUCUCAUCACUUCCGGCGCUAUUUCCGACCCUUUUGCCGCCGGAAAACUCAUCUCCUCGCUUGUCUCUCUCGAUCACUCCCACGCCUACGCUGUCUUUCUUCGCUUACCACACAAGUCUACUUACUUAUGGAACACUAUUCUUCGAUCUUUUGUCGAAAAGAAAGACUCCCACAACGCUUUAUCUGUUUAUAAGAUGAUGAUGUGUUGUGGGUUCUUGCCUAAUAACUACACAUUUUCUUUUGUUUUGAGAGGUUGUGUUGAAAUUGGGGAUGUUGGGUUUGGUUUGUUAUGUCAUGCCCAGGUGAUUAAAUUGGGCUGGGAAUGUUAUGAUUUUGUGCAAAAUGGGUUGAUUCAUUUUUAUGUUAGUUGUGAUUUGAUGCGGUGUGCUCGGAUGUUGUUUGAUGUGAGUUUGAAUCGUGAUGUUGUGACUUGGACUGCGGUGCUCAAUGGAUAUGUGAAGAGCGGAGAGAUUGCGGCUGCUAAGGAACUGUUUGAUCGAAUGGCGGAGAGAAAUGUUGUUUCGUGGAGUGUGAUGAUUAAUGGGUAUGUAAAAGUUGGCUGUUUCAAGGAGGCGUUGGAGAUUUUUAAGGAGAUGCAGAUGAGUGGGGUUAGGCCUAAUCAUGCUGCGAUUGUUGGGGCGCUUUCGGCUUGUGGUUCUCUUGGUGCUUUCGAUCAGGGUAAAUGGAUUCAUGCUUAUGUGGAUAGAAGUAAGAUGGAGUUGGACACGGUGCUGGGGACAGCAUUGAUUGAUAUGUAUGCCAAGUGUGGCUCUGUUGAAGUAGCUUGUCGUGUUUUUGAGGAGAUGCCCUGUAGGGAUGUAUAUGCUUUUACAGCUCUGAUUUCAGGACUAUCGAAUCAUGGGAAUAGUGCAAUGGCAGUGGAGUUGCUGAAGAGGAUGGAUGAUGAGGGAAUCAAACCUAAUGAAGUGACGUUUAUGUGUAUUUUAAGCGCGUGUGCUCGAGUUGGAUUGGUGGAUGAAGGGCUAAGAGUAUUUGAAAGCAUGACUAGUAUAUAUGGUAUUAAGCCAGGGGUACAGCACUAUGGUUGCUUGGUAGAUCUCUUAGGUAGAGCAGGACUGCUUGAACAAGCAAAAGUUGUGGUAAGGGAUAUGCCUAUGCAACCUGAUAUUUAUGUAUUGGGUGCAUUACUGAAUGCUUGUAGGGUUCACGGUGACGCUGAUCUUGGUAAAGAAAUGGUUAAGGGAUUGAUUAACCAUGGUCUUGAUCACAGUGGAGUUCAUGUUCUUCUUUCAAAUAUUUAUGCAUCUGCUGACCAAUGGGAUCACGUAGAAAGGGUAAGGAAGGGAAUGGUAGAGAAAGAAGUUAUAAAGGUGCCUGGUUGUAGCUUGAUUGAGGUUGGUGGUGUUGUCGUGGAAUUCGUUGCUGGUGACAGAUCUCAUGCGCACAUGGAGGAAAUAGAAUCGUUCUGGAUACAAAAUGACAUGCACUUGAAGUCUCUUUCGUUGGACAGUCAUAUACUUUUAAGUUGAAGUUCAAAAUCUGAUGGAUUACUCAGUAUCAACUCAUGAAGCUGAGCACGCAGGUGUGUAUCUGGUAUGAUUCUUGUGGAUUCAGUCUGACAAACCUGUUCAAAUGCACUGUUAAAACUCAUAAACCUUUUCUUCACAGAAUUCCUUAAAAUCCCUUUAUAAAAUUGAAUUAUAUAGCUCGAUCCAUCAAGUUUUGAAAUGUACAAGACCCCGCACCAAAUAGAUGAAACAUAGUACUAGACUGCGGAGUUGGUCAUACUGAUUGAGCAGUUUAAUAUUCCUUGAAACGCCAUCUGCAGUGUACGAGUAUCCCACAUUCCCCAGGUCUCAGCUGCUGUAAUUAAAUCCUGAAACUUGUCAACUGCAUCCAAGUAUUGUUCGAAAUUUUUGGGCUCUCCAUCAACGAUAAGCUGCUGACAGAAAAAACUAAAAAGUUUUGUAGCUGGAACGGUGAUCCAGAUUCUACGAUUAUUUUGACUGCAGCCUCAAAAUCUCGCCACUUAGUAUCCUCGCAAUCGGAUUCCUUCACGCCUUGGACCUUGGUAUACCAUCCAGACACUGUAUAAUCUGAUCGCCUGUAGGAGGUACAAAAUAUGUUAAGCUUUGGACUUAAUUCCCAGGAUCGUUCAAUUUUCA